CGCUGGGCAGGGCACACACGGUUGCUCAUGCUCACAGUCAGUCAGUCAGUCAGUCACACACUCAUAUACAUAACCUACUUAUCUCCCUCCCCUUCCCUGGAUGUUCCUUUCAUCAAACACAACAACACUACCAGAAGAACCACAAGAUUCGUACAAGAGUCUCUUGUCACAGUCCAGAUUAUCGCGCCAGCUCUGCCCUACUUAGCCAUAUACCAGCCAUUCAGCAACAUCGUCUUGCAAGCUCUCCUUGCACCAGGCUUCUGAAUAGACUUGCUCGUUCGGAAGCGCAUACAAUCAAGACCGAAACUCGGUAAACAUGGCUACCAUGGCAGCGGCUGCUCGUGAUAUCUCCCAGGCCUCCUUGAGCCGAGACAACUUAACUGCUGUAGCGGCUCGGAGUGUCCCUGCGACUGUGACACGAUCUCAACAACCCCUUCCUACUCCCCCCAACUCCAUCUCUCCCAACCUGCCGCCUCAUGGCCUCAAGGCGCAGCUCCAGAAGGCCAAGCUUGAGCCUAUUGACUCAGACCUGGACCUUCAUGAGCCGUCGGAUCGACGACGUUCGAUCUCGCCUGGUCUCGAGGCUUCGGGUGCCAUCACUGGCUCUCUUCUCGCCAAAUACCACCUGCCAGAGAUCCUGCUCAACCAUGGCCCCCUGGCUAUCAGACACAUCAUGGGGUACCUAACCACUUCGGUACCCGGGUUUUCUGGAAUCCCCCCAACAAAGGCGCGGAGACUAGUCGUGGGAGCUUUGGAGGGACGAGGAGGAGAAGGAGGCGGACUGGAUGGAGAGGUGGAAUUUGAAAAGGUGGGAUGGGGCCGAUGGGAUGCUCGUAAGCGAGGACAGCCUUCUCGAAACCGACAAGGAACUCCUCCUUCAUCCUACGGCGCAGGCAUCCCCAUCGGCAACAUCGGCGGUAGGGGUCAGGACCGGCCCAGACUUAGCAUUGCGUCAAGCAACGGGGAUUCGGUGCAGUAUUCUCAUGAUGAUAACGACAUUUACAUGAUGGAGCACGAGGCCGACAAAAUGUCCAUGGAUGGAUCUGGAUCCGCUUCGUGCUCCGAGGCUCCGGAUGAUGAUGUCGUUAUGAACGAUGAUCCUGAGGACGCGACGGACGACGAGGAUUGGGCUACCAUGGGGGCUGCUGCUCUUCGAGCCGAGUCUUACCCCAACCAGGCGGCAGCUCAGACGGACCAUGGUUUCCGAUCCUCCUCUGCAUAUGCACCAGGUGGACUUCGUUCGUUCUCUGCCAGCUCCGGCAUGGCUCGUCCACCUCAAACACUCAACAUCGACUUCUCGGCGUUGGCGCGCACCUCUGACGCACAGGAGCGGGAGGCCGUCGAGGCCCUCCUCCAACUCGGUUCUGUAUAAUACCUCUCUGCAUGCACGGCGUUUUUUGGGCUUUCGGGAUUUCUGAAGGCAAUCGAUUCGGGGCAGGGGGCUGGUUGGCUUAAGGAGAGGCCGUGUCGGCCCACACCAAUGACCGAGGCGGCGACCUCUGGAUCGUUAUUAUUAUCACGAUGACACGGUUCUCUUAACGUUUUUCUUCGGGCUAUUCGCUUUCUUAAUAGGGGCUCGGUUUUUGGCGUCUUGGUACUCGGCGGCAUCUGUCUACACGACAGGUGAAUCAUCGUCGGCUGUGGAAGGUCAGCAUACGGGUAAUAUUCCCAUGAUUGGGUGUCUCCCGAAACUUUUCGGUUGCCCAGAGAUGGAAUAUUCUAAUACCCGGGUCUUAUUUCUUAUUAUUGAGGGGACACAAGUUGUUGGGGCGUUCGCUUCCGUCACUUGAUAUUCCUGUCGCUCCAUGGGGGCUGUUCCAUUCUAGCCCCGAGGCGCAUAUUUAUGCCGGGAGCUUUGGCUUCUGAGCGACACGACAACACCCUUGACGGGCAGGGCUGGUCUCCGAUGUUGAGUCGUCUCCUUGGGGUAUUUGUUUUACAAUACCCGGUCACCCAAGUUUGGCUUUGCAUCAUUACCAGAUCCUACCACUUCAACAUCAUGUGGAGGAUUAUGACGACGAUUAUUUUAUACCAUUCGUGGGCGGUUGUGGCCAAUUUUUUUGGUCCUCGUUUUGCAACUUUCUCGAAUCUUUGUUUAAUCAACUUUUAUGGGCAUCUGAUGUGGGGAACGCAUCAUCAUCAACAACAGAUAGAGGAGGAAAAGGGACGGAAAGGGGCAUCAUGAAUGAACCCUUGACACAACAUAUAGGGAUAUGAUAUCAUGGCUGGAACCAGUUGGGCUCGAACGCUACACGCUCGCCCCUCGCGUCUUUUGUUUGCCGGGGGCACAGAGACUGAAAAAAGGAGUAAAAUCAUAUUGGAGCGAUGGAUUAGAUAGCUUCCUGAUCGUUAGUAUCUGAAGCCUCUUGAGCUUACCAAUGGAAGUUCUGGUCUUUGUUUCCACAUGGAGUGUCUGUAGCAUUGCACAUGUGAAUGUUGAUGUUGACGCGAAGAUGAGGGGGUUGGUCGGUCGAGGCCGAUGGGGAAUAUGGCAUCAAUCUCGUAAUUGGCUGGGAAUUGUAUUGUGGUGUUGAGAAAAAUUGAAGAAACAAAUCAUGUGAUAAUACCUUCAUAGAAUGGCGAGAUCAGAGUUUAUAGAUAAGAAACUCGUGUUCAGCCAGUGUAUUUAUCAAUCAUGUUCCAUAUUGGAAAGGUUGAAGGAAACUAUAAUGAAAGAAUUUUGCGACGGAGAGAAGUGAAGUCAUUCGAUCGAUGGGGACAGCGAUAAUCUGCAGUCACGUGAAUGGUCAUGUUUUUGAGUUUAUUUCGUAAUCGUCCUUUCGUGUGUGUGGUAUGCUGGUUCACGGUGAAGCAGCAAGCUGG